UUACAGCUUGGACUUUCAGAUGUACAAACACAACAGCGCUGACACAUCUCACUACUUCCGGGUAGCGCUCACCUGUUAUACCUGCGCUACAGCGCAGACUCAGCUGCGUCCCGCUUGCACACCUGCUGCCAUGAUGACUGAGGAGCUCCCCGAUUUCACCUCACCGAAGAACGGCGAGGAAACUUCCACGGCGGUAAAAAGCGAGGCGAUGAGCCCCGCGGAGCAGCCCAUCUUCGCUGCGCUCGGGGUGGACGCCGCCUCCUCCUCCUCCUCCGUAGCCGCUGGGAACAAGCCAGGCGGCGGGGCGAAGGCACCUGCUCUGACCGCUGUCAUGGCCACCACCUCCGACAAUGAGUCCGGGAUCUUCUCCGGGGAGAGUGAGACGUGCGUGGAGCACGAGUCCGAGCUGGACUGGUUCUGUGGGACCGAGUUGAAGUUGAUUUGCUCCCACUGCGCCAUAGUUGGCUCCUGCCAUGGACACUCCGUGACCCCCUUGGCCGACAGAGUCACUGAAGUCCGGAAUCACCUAGUGGAUGUGUGUGAGAAAAUGCAGCUGCAGGCGCUCAAAAUGGAAAGGUUCAUCGAGCGCACACUCACAACCAAGGAGCAAAAGCUUCAGGUGGCAGCCAGCAUGGCUCGGGAGCGAGUGGUGGCUCGGGUCAGUGCGGCACGAGAGGCCCUCGAGGAAGAAGAGCAGCGCCUCCUGGAGGAGGUCCAACGGGAGGAGGAGCGCGUCGAGCAGUGCCUCCUCACCCAAAGGGCUCACUGGGGCCAGGCCAUGGUCAGCCUGUCACAAACACGCGCCCGCUUGGUGCACACGCUAACGCACUCUCCGGAUGCACAACUGGCGACGGGCAUUCGGGAGAUUGCCGAAAGAGUGGAGGAGGCUGAGGGAGUGGGCCGGCCAUGCGAUACGGAGCAACUCAACAUGAGGCCGGGCUGCAGCGAUAGCCAGCUGCUGAGGGGAAUGUGGGCCACUGCCAUGCUGCACAGGCCAAAAGCUCACGGUUUGCCCUCUUUAAAGUUUGACGAACGCACCGCUAAUCCCCUCCUGCUGCUCUCCGACGACCGCUGCACUCUGACCUUCCUCCACAAGAAGCCCCCCCAGCCGCCGCCUUACGACCCGGCGCGCUUCGACUGCUGGCCCAAUGCCCUUGGCUCCCUGUCUUUGUCCUCCGGCACUCACAGCUGGGUGGUGGAUGUGGGCCACAGCGCCGCCUUCAAGGUGGGCGUCUGCUACGUUGGGCUCCAGCGCAAAGGCUCCGGGGACGUGGCCCGGCUGGGACACAAUGACCAAUCGUGGGUGCUGUCCCACUACGACGGCGAGUACUCUUUCUGGCACGCGGGCGAGAAGGUGCUGCUCCGGUUGGCGACGAGACCCCAAAGGGUGGGCGUCCUGCUGGACUGGCUCAGUCACACCCUGCUGUUUUACGAACCGGAGUCCGCUGCUGUCUUGCACUGUGUUACGCCUAACUUCAGCGGCCCUUUGCUGCCUGCGUUUGCUGUGACUGACCAAAGUAUAACCAUAUUACACUGAAACUGACAAACUACUUCAAGGUGGAAGUCAAUCCUAAAAUGUUCUUUUCAAUAUGUCCUAUUCGCCGGUUCCAUUUUGCUUCUUGCUGUCGACUGAAAAUGACACCAUGGUUGCUUGUAACUCAGGAAACAACCAAUUGUGACUCAGCGCCAGAAAACAGAUGGAUUUGGCUGGUUAACUCAUAUCACACAAACACAAAAUGAAACAGAAUGCCCUGUUCAGACUACUGGAGGUGCAUAGAACAUGCUAUUGUAAAGAACAUUUUGGGGUAGACUUCCCCUUUAACACGAAAAAUGUGAAAUCAGGGUAUUUAUCGCGAAUAUGCGAAGGAUUACUAUUAUCGUAGUUUUGAGAUUGAAGUGGGCUUUAAUUACAGAUGUUACGGUACUAUAUUGUCACAUAUUUGACUUUUUUAAUAAUGCUUUUAUAAUUAAAAAAAUUGUCAUCUACCUAAUGCCAAUGCUGUCUACACAAAAAACUGUUUUGUUUAUUUAGUGUUUUGGGUAAAUGAAUGAUUGUCGUCUUUCUGGUCUGCAGUAGUCAUACCUCCCUUUCGUAGUCUAUUUCAAUCAUGCUAAUAUUAACAAUAUAAAACUAUAGAGCAAAUCAAGAUAUUUCUUCAAUCCGUAAUAUGGGAAAUGUAAUUUUAAAGAUCUUGUUUCCAAAUUGCUGCGCCUCUGGAGUACCUGCCCAAGUGUGAAACGAAGCAACCAAGUAAAUCUUUCACCCCA